AUGUUCCGCACAGCUCUCCUCAGGUCCGCAAGGUCCGCCGUCCGCGCCGCUCCCCGAUGCCAGGCCUCAAUUGCCCGCCCGGCGCGCGCCUUCGUCCAGCCCAAGCAGAUCACUCCCGCCGCAUACUUCCAGGCCGUACGAAGCUACGCCUCCAGCGCCGGUCUGUCGCAAGAAGAGGUCGUGGGCAGGAUAAUGGACCUGCUGAAGAACUUCGACAAGGUCCAGGACGCCUCGAAGCUCAACGGCGAGUCGCACUUCCACAACGACCUCGGUCUUGACAGCCUCGACACUGUAGAGGUCGUCAUGGCGAUUGAAGAGGAGUUCAGCAUUGAGAUCCCAGAUAAGCAGGCCGACGCCAUCCACAGCGUCAAGCAAGCAGUGGAGUACAUCCUCGCCCAGCCUGACGCUCACUAA